AUCCAUUUUACCGGCGAGGAUAGUGUCUUCGUAAUCGUCUCGUACAUUUUGUCAAAUUUGCCAAAGUUUGAUCAAGACUUUCUUCAGAUAACAGUUUACUAUCAUGUCUCGUUACGACAGAGGUCGUUCAUUUGAUCCAGGUAGUCGUUCAGAGCGAAAAAGGUAAGAUUUAAUUCGACGGGCAGAAUUAUUACUUGACAGGAAACAACCAUCGUUUAGAUUAGUUUUUAGACAACCCUGUUUGAUUCAUCUAGCAGCCAAAUCUUUCGGUCUGUGGGAAAUAUUUUCCUUGAGAAAAUGGCUUACCCGAGCUUCUGAAGUAUGUUUAUACAUUAAUGCCGAAAUCUUUGGCGUAGAAAAGAAAUAUUUGUGGCGUUUUCGGCAGUGCUGCCGCAACCUCGUGCGACAAGCGGCUUUCUCAAUUUUCAAUUCAUUGCCCACAGAAAGCGUGAAAGUUUCGUAGGAUUUUAUUAAGCUGGCAGCUAUUAUUUUUUUUCGUUGAAAUUAUAUCACGUUAAGCUUUUUACCGGUUUAUAUGUUGGUAAAGUCAGUGUAUUUUCUCAGCAAGGUUUCGAUCAAAGCAAAAACACGGUGUGGAAAAUUCCUUACGGUUAAUUUAUUAUUCAACACAGAAAUAAGUUUAUUCCAGUAGCUGCAAAAAUUUUCGUCCCUCUUUCGUGCAUCUUUAUUAUAGAACAGAAUAUAUAAGUAAGGUACUUUCUCUUCAAGUAACCGUGUUUUAAGGAUGUGUUUCAAAUCUUAAUAUACCAAAUUAGUGAAAGCUUUGCCAAGGGGAAAAUUUUUCGAAAGAUGAGGGAAAAUUUGAUGAAAGUCAAACUGGCUCUUUCUUUUUCUUGUCCAAUUUUUUUUGGCACCUGGAUGUUCAAGACCAACUCGCUGGAUAUUUGCAUCAAAAGUGAAAGUAUCCUGGGACCAGGCUCCGCAUUGAGGGAAAAAAGCCAAAAAAUGGGGUCAAAGGAAAAAUCUCAGCGAGCAAAGUAAGCUGAGCGGUGGCCUCUGGAGGGGUAAGAGGCGACGGAGCCUGGAGACAUGCCUUUGAUGCCAGUGUUCCAUGAUACCAGAUUCUGGUAUCAUGCUCUGAUUGGUCAAAUGCCUUCAUGUUGACAGAUUAACGGUGCUGUUGACAGUAUCACGCUCUUUCAAUACACGCUCCUACAAUUCGGGAUAAGAUUUUUCUAAACGUGGAUUUUAAGCAAGCAAUACAAAUUUCUUUGCAAGACUUUUUGCUUAUCCCUCGGCUCCAAAAAAGAGCAAAAGAGCCUGUGAUCUGUUGCAAAAAGAAAAAGAAGAAUUCAAAAUAUCAAGCUUUUCUUAUCCAUUCCUGUUAUAAACUGUGAUCAUAUUUUCAAAGCAUUAUAAUCACGUUCCUACCAAAAGCGUGAUAAAACCCAAAAUCAGUGGAUAUCUGCAAAGAAUUCAUGUUGUGUACAACCAGGGAGGGAAGAGACGAGGUCUGAGACCGAGAAAUGAUGUUCUCACAACUUGCAAAGCGGUCACCCUGCGUGGUGGUCAGCGGAUAAUUGCAUUUUUUCCCACAGUAAAUAUUUUUAGACUUUUUAGAAGCAAGAAGCGAACCGGCAGAGGAAAUCAGAAAUGCUUUAAAAAUUGAAACAAAAAAAUAUCAUGCAUCUUUGUUUUUCUUGCAUAUCGUAUUUGUCUUUCAGUACUGACAUUGCGGGGGAAACUAAAACGUAGCGGUGUUUAAGAGAUCUUAACCAACAGCAACGCGCUCGAUCGAUUUAUAGGUUACAUCAUUUUUGCAGGGCAAUGAUAGCUUGAUGCUGAUAAAAAUUACUGGAAAAAGUGUCAAAUUUAUCGGAAGCAAGUAUAUUCAGAGAGCUUUAUAAAUAUGAGCUGAACUGAAUGAACAUCCACACUUCAUAACAUUUCACUUUGUUUAUUACGAUCAGUCAAAAAAAUUCAAAACGAUCCUAAUAAACAAAUCACAAUUACUACUGAAAGCUCUGUACCUUGAAGCGACUAUAACUUUCCUAAGGUUUGCAGCAAAACACUGCUCGAUAGCUCAACUCUUCGGCGAUUCUUAUCAGCUAUACGGAGCUAUAUGUUGCAUAUUCCAAACCCUGCGGAGGGAAAUUGUUUAACAAAAAAAGAAAACCACACACUAUGUCUGAAAAGUGACAUAAAGUCAAUAAAAUAGCGAAUUACCAAAAUGUAAUAGUGAGAAACAGUCCCGCCUUCGACUGCCAUGCUUUUGUUUCUUCUCAAGACCGUUGAUUUAUGGUUUUGACGUAGUGCGCAUGAUCACUACACAAAUCCGCUGGCAAGAACCUUGCUGAUCGCUUUGCAAGUUGUGAGAACAUCGUUUGGAUUUCAUUUAAGAGAAUAUAUGGGAAGUAGCUUCCCCCCCCCCUGUGUACAACUAAGCCUUGUGCUUGGAGAACGUGUACCUCUUAGAAUCCUUCUUGAUGUUCUUUUGUGUGUUCAGGUUUUCUAAGGCAUCUUUUUGUGCCCUGACAUCUUCUUUCAUGGCAUUUUAAAACUUCGUCGCCAUCUUGACACUGAGGCGUACGGAAGGUUGCCAUGGCAAUUUUGUAAUUUCACAUGUGAAAUUACAAAUUAAGGCUGAAAUUUCUUGCCAAAAUUAAGGAGUAAUUCGUCACCUAUGAUAUUAAACCCCAAAUCAGUGAAUAUCUGCAAAGAAUUCAUGUUGUGUACAACUAAGCCUUGUGCUUGGAGAACUUGUAAGCCACAGCUGUACAAAGAUACCCUGUGAGCAGUUGUUUCUAUCUUGUGUGGCUCUUGUAUCAUUUUCAAAAUGAUUGAAGCUUGAGAAACAGGCUCCUGGCCUUUACGUGGUGUCCCAAAAACGGUUCAGUUAGCAUAAAAUGGCUCUUGUGCAAAAAAGGUUUGGGUCCUCAAGCUAUCAUUUUGAAAUUUCUUUUGUUUACGUGUGAGUGGAAAGUGUAAUUUAUGCCUCAGUCAAUUCCAAGCAUGAGUAACCCCCUGUAGGGGAAUGGGGGAGGCUUCUUUUCCUUUGGAAGUUUCAAAUACCCCCCACAGUGGGGCCAGCAGAUACAUACAAACACCCCACAGUGGAAGUUUAAAGAUGUGAACAAAUGCCCCACUACAGGGACAAAGAAAAAGUCAUGUUUCCAAGCAAAAAGCUUAAAAUUGCAAAUCUAUGGGUAAGUAAGUAAACUCCCAACAAAAGAGCGCUCAAGAAAAAUCAACUUCAGUAUAGAAUCUUGAUGAGCUGAGAGUUUUUCUAAUACUUCAGACAGACCCUGAAGAAGAAUGUUUUGACUGUAAACAGGCUUUUUAAUCAAACACAAUCUUUUAAUGAGUGUGGGGCACUUGAGCGAUUAAAAUAUAAUAUAAUAAUGUCUAUAUAUUUUUUCAGCUUUGGUGGUGGUGGAUAUGGUGGAGGGCGUGGUGGUGGCAGGGGUGGAGGUGGAGGUUUUAAUUCUUCAUUUCGUGGAGGUGGUGGAGGAGGAGGUGGAUUUGGUAAAAAAGACAAAUUGAAUAACCAGCCUGGUCAGUUCCUCAGAAAACCAAAGUGGGAUCUUGAUGCUCUGCCAAAGUUUAAAAAGGACUUUUACCGGGAACAUCCAAAUGUUCAAAACAGAUCAAUGGUUAGUAGAUUCUGUGCAAUAUUUUAGUGCCUUUUUUUCUUGAGAAAAUGUACUGAAUCAAGGUCUCUUUAUUGACUUUGUAUUUAGCAAGAAAUUGAUGGUUAUAGACAACAUUCUGAACUGACUGUCCAUGGAAGGAAUGUACCAAAACCAGUGUUUGCUUUUGAGGAAGCGGCUUUUCCAAGUAAGCAUUGUGUUAAUAAACUGAUUUAUUAAAAUAAUAAUGCAUUAAAAAUUAAAACAUUAAAUGCUGUUCUCUGGCUACGUUCCUAUUUUCUCCUGGUGGUACUAUGUUGCUCCUAAUGUUAUUGCUAUACCAUUCAAAAGUAGGUUCACAUCUGGUUUGUGGAAAGAUCUGAUUGGAUCAAUAUUUCAAUUUUCUUUUCCAGACUAUGUCAUGGAUGUCAUUAGGAGAGAAGGUUUCCAGCGACCAACAGUCAUUCAAGCACAGGUGAUUUGUAUAUUAAUAUGAUUGUUACAUCACAAGAAAAACUGGAAGUAAAUAGGAUAUUUAUGUUGUGUACUUUGGACACAAUAUUUGUGGAGUAUAUUUUUUACAAGUGCAUCUGCUAAAAGCUGCUUGACUCACUGCACCUCUAAAAAUGGUAUAUUUCUUACUGAAAGUCUUCUUGUUCUUUUGAUUUAGGGUUGGCCAGUAGCACUGAGUGGUAGAGACCUUGUUGGGAUUGCACAGACAGGAUCAGGAAAAACAAUAUCAGUAAGUUGCUUAGGAAAAACAGUUGUUGUGGUCAUGGGUCUUUUGACAAUAGGUUACCUGUGUCCACAGAACUUGAACAUUUUGAAAUAAGACUUGGUUAUUGAUCAUUAGAAAUAAUUUUCCAUUUGAUCAAAAAAUAGUUGCAGCUGGAUAAGGCUAGACAGUCUAAAUGGUCCGUAUAGAGAUGAACAGUAAAUUUAUUCCAAUAUUGCUUAAUAAAACUGCUAAAGUAACCGGUGCAAGUGUGGCCCAGCAUGAUAGGACCCUUUUUUAAGGUUAAUUUUAAGUUUAUGCUAGGAUUGUUUCUUCCUAAUGUUAUGUCUGCUUUACUGUAGUUUAUUCUUCCUGCAAUUGUGCACAUCAACAAUCAACCACUUCUUCAGCGUGGAGAUGGUCCAGUGGUAAGUCUGUUCUUGUUUUUGGACUCAAACAAGGCUUAUUGUUAUUGUUAUUUUUGGUGAUUUUUAACCUUAUGGCAAGUAAAAAGUUAAUUAAUGGUGCACAUGCCUAUAAUAACCCUUCCCCUCUAAUAUGAGAUCUGCUGCAGACUACAGAGAACUAGAAAAAUAAAAACUUGAAUGCCGACUUGUCAAAGUUUUUGAGAGUCUAAGGUUCAUCAUUGGUUAUCUUUUCAGGUCCUUUGCCUUUGCCCGACAAGAGAAUUGGCUCAACAAGUACAGCAAGUGGCCAUAAAUUAUGGAAGGGCAGCUAAAGUCAGGAGUGUGUGCAUCUAUGGAGGAGCACCCAAAGGACCCCAAAUUCGAGAACUUGAAAAUGGUUAGCAAAUAAGUUAACGGACAUUUAAGCAAAAGUCGUAUACCCAAGAACACAUUAUUUUUAGUGAUUCUAAAAGUAAGGUUUGAUAGAGGUGUUGAAUUCCCCUUAGAUGUGAUUAAAAUGAUUUGGUUGCUCUAAAACAGAUUCUGUCAUUCAACAGGGGAGCAAUACUUAGUUGAUUCAGAAGCAUAGUACCCUGAAGUGGAUAACUCCGUUCCAAUGCGGAGGUUUUGUGGAGAACUAAUCAAAAUUUACUUCCUGAUAUGGAAUUAGCGAUAUGUGAGAGUGUCGCAGUAGUGUUAUGUAAACUCUGUAGAGUGAUAUCAACGAAGCAAAACAAAGAGCAAUUAUACACAAUGUAUAAGGUUUGAUCAAAAUUGGAAUCUUAAAUGACCAGGAUUUACUUAUUCUGGACAAGACAAAGUCAGCUAAUCAUGAUUAGCAUCUUUUGGGCUAGGAAUAACUUGGUGAUGAAAUCUAGCACAUGUUCAAAAGAGUAUGGGUUACAUGACCGUUUUUUUGUUUUUUUUGUUUAUUUUUUUUACUUGCUAUCUUUAAAAUUAAUAUUAAGAGCUAUGCACAAAGUCUGUGCAGAGAAACCUAAAGCAUGUUUUGUAAUGAACAGAGACAGAAAACAAGUUAUCAAGCAUGAAGAAUUUUUUUUACGGAAAGUCUUCGCAACGAAAAUUAUUCGUAGGCGUGCAGCUUAGCACCGGCAAAUGACAACACACUGGCUCCACUACCUGUAAACAUAAAUGUUUUUGUCCAUUGAUUAUGUUGUAUAACAAAUGUACACAGCUCAACGUAUGCAGUUGAGUCAUGGAUGUACUUGGAGAACUGUCAAGGACUUGAGGAAUUUGUUAUUAGCCACUUUUUAGACAGGGAUGCCUUCAAUUUUCUGUUUCCAUAUUUGGGCAGAAAAAUUCCCAUGGUUCUGAUUGGACAGGUAAAAAACCUCAGCUUAGUUUUGAACAAAUAAGGGGAAUUUAGACUCUUUAGGGUCAUUUGUUUCUGAUUGAUAAAAUAAUCAUUUGUUCCUCUUGUUUAAAUUAUUUGCUGAAGAUAAAAGCGUCAUGUGCAGGGUGUAUAGAAAGUCACUUUUACAGCUCGCCAUUUGGGCAAGCUGCAGCUAGCAUGUACUAGCCCAAAAUUCAUUUCAACUGCCCCAAAACCUUUUUGAUUGGCAGGAUUGAUUACACAGUUCUUUUGUGAUUUAAAUUCCUUAAAAAAACUUCACUUGCCUGUCGGGUAAGUUAAGAACAGAAUUCAUUAGCCCAAAAGCACAAUCCUCUAGUCCCUUUCAACAAUGGAAAGUAUGGCAUUGGAUUUCAGCCCUUUGAUUAAUUAGUAAAAUAGCAUUCUUAGAUACCAACUUUGGCUUUCAUGUUCUCAGCUUUUACUGAAGGAAAAUGCUUAUUUUUUGGAAUUUGUGUACAGGUUAAGAGUACAUUUCAUAUAAGCCUUGUCAAUUUUUGAACUUAUAGCAGUUCUAAUACCUUAACAUUUGCCUGGUUUUAAAAUUUUUAACUAUCUUUGGUGAACUAAAUGUUGCUUUGAACAGUAAAACCUGGUCCUCUGUAGCAAUGUACAUAAGCAGUAGCACAAUGCAAGCAUAAGCAUGAGCUAAUGUGAUAGUGGGAAUGGCCUAGACAUCAGCUUUAGCAUAAGAACAAGCGUUUGUGAUCUUCUUGUGAUCAUGUUAAGGUUCUCCUCACUAGUGAGGACCAUGUUAUAACAAUGCUUAUGCUAGCAUUGCUAGUGAGCAACAGCCCUAAGGCCUGUGAUUUUUACUCUUUUAGGUGAGAAUGGUAACUUUUGGUCUUUCAGGUGUGGAGAUUUGUAUAGCUACUCCAGGAAGAUUGAUUGACAUGUUAGAAGCUCGAAAGACAAACCUGAGACGGUGUACUUAUUUGGUUCUUGACGAGGCAGACAGGAUGCUUGACAUGGGAUUUGAACCACAGAUCAGGACAAUCAUUGAACAAAUCAGACCAGAUAGACAGACACUUAUGUGGAGUGCAACAUGGCCUAAAGAAGUACAAGGUCUGGCAUCUGAUUUCCUGCGGGAUUAUGUGCACAUUACAGUCGGCUCAUUAGGUCUUACUGCAAACCACAAAAUCUUACAGAUUGUGGAUGUGUGUGAUGAGACAGAAAAAGACUACAAGUAAGUUUUGGACCUUGAGUUAUGAUUAUCAGUAUGUUGUCAUGCCAGGGUUUUAAUGUUAAAGAACCCUCUUUUUAUACAUCUUUAAUAUGACACAAUUGAGUCAAGACACUUGAAGAGGGAAGAAUGACUUUGAGCUUCUAUUAUUUUAUAACAUUCAGGGCCUGGUUCCUUGGAAGACAGUUUAGUUUAACCCGAGAUUAAGCCAAACUUUAAGCACAGUUUUCUUGUCUGAUAACAGGUAACUCCAGCGUACAAAAUACUGUUAAACCUUGACUCUGAGACAGAGUAAUGAUAACACAAAAUGUUACUCUGAGCAUUGCGUAGGAAGGUACGUAAAUACAAAAAGUAGAACAAAAUUUUAAUCCUGGAUUAGCGCUUAUCGGUCUUUCAGGAACCUGGCCCUGGACAUCAAUAUUCUUAUUGCUCAAGGUUACUAAGAUUACAAUGUAAAGGAUGCUAAUUUGGUUUUGUUAAUUGGGUUGAUAAAACCAAAUCUUUAUACAUGUAUUUGCCCCUGGAUGCAGCAGCACAGUUUCUUUAAAUAAUGUUACUGUGUACUAGAAAAUUUCUAGUAAUAUAUUUUCAGGAAAAGAUUUCACAGGGCGGAAACGUGGUCAUGUUUGUGUAACCUUAUUUGUUACUAAUAUUACUAGGCUAAUCAAGCUUCUAGAGGAAAUCAUGGGCGAGUCAGAGAACAAGUCCCUUAUAUUCACCGAGACUAAAAGACGAGCUGAUGAAUUAACAAGAAGGAUGCGUAGAGAUGGGUAUGGUUAUUCUUUAUUUGCUGCAAAUGUUAGUUUUGUUUUUAUCUGAAGAGCACUGAUGACUGUUCAGUUUUUCUGAAUUCUAAAUGUUGACCACAUUGAAUUCCUCGUUACUGAUGCUCUUGGUAUUUUGUUUUGUUUUGAUGAAUGUUAUAAGAUGAUGUGUAUUGAGUUAUCAUUUUCAAUUUUAGGUGGCCUGCUAUGUGUAUUCAUGGAGACAAAUCUCAACCUGAAAGGGACUGGGUAUUAAAUGGUAGGUUGAAUCUUCACUCAUUAGGGUUGGUAACAUUCAGGUGCCUCCACAGAAUGAUUGCCACACUGAUUGUUGUAAUCACAAGAGUCAAAUAAAUAACUAUUGCAAAGUAGCCAACAUUGAAUGCAAAAGCUCAGGCAUCAUGCAGAUGCUGCCCUUCCUUGUGCUUGAUCUUGAGUAUGUUCACUAGAGGAAAAGAGCAGAAAGACAGUUUUUCUUAAUACAGGUUUCAGGUAAAAACAUGCAAGCAACAACUGCUGCAAGUUAUGCAGCAAAGACUGAGCGUCCUGUACAUACUGUGAUGCUAUUUUAAAAGGUUCAGCUAGUAGGGACCAUAAAGAGACUACUCUCUUGUCAUAUUAUUUUGUGAAAGUAUAUUUUUGACAUACUUAUAAGACCUCAAUGGAUGUUAAUUAUUUUAUCCAUCUUUUGCUGUGCAGAAUUCAGGAAGGGCAAUGCUCCCAUCUUAGUUGCUACUGAUGUUGCCUCCAGAGGAUUAGGUUUGUUGAAAAUACUCUGUUUUUUUUCCUAUACUGGUUUUUCCCAUUUAAUGCAAGCAGUUAGAGUCCUUUUGUUUUUAUGUGUGGCUAAGAUGCAGAAACCUUUGACUGAUAUUUUGUACCAUUACUUGUAGUUAGAUUCUAGCAUAACUAAAAUAUUUUUGCUUGUACUUAUGCACUAACUUUACGACUUAUUUUUUUUAACCCUGUAGUAGGUUUAUUAGUUUGUAAUCGGAGGGUGCACCAUCCAUGCUGUGGUUACUAGUUGUCCUUGAUUGGAAGGAACUGUGCAUGACCUGGGUUUGUCAGCUGAGCUGGAGGGAGAGGAGCAGAUGUAAUGCCGUACGCUUCUGUUGAUAGGUUCUCCAUAAAUCACUAUCCAAAAUUACUGUCACAGAUUACCAAAAAUACUCAUAAGUACAUGUAUUAACUGCAAUCUUGUGGGCCACUGUCAGAUGCACACAUGCAUACAGAUGUAAACAUUUUUUUAUUUCAGGAAAUCUGUAGCCAUCUCUCAAGAGAUAUAUUUGACUUAACCUUCAAAGACUUUCUGUUUGCAUGCCUUAUUGCUCAGUGUGGUUUUGAGAAGCCAAGAAUUCUUUGCAUGUCAUUUUACUUUAUAGCUAUGCAUCUUUUCCUCAGUUUGCCUCCUUUUCUGUAAAGAUGAGUCGAGGCAAUGCAGUUUUACAAUAACAUUUCCUUGAGGAGGAAAUAUUGCUCCUCUAAGACAUGAUCUUGUAUCAAGCCUUGAGUUUCAAUAAAAGUGCUAAAAUGUGUACAUUGGAGUUGUGUUUGAUGUUGUACAGAUGGAGUGAGGUUCCACAGUAGUGUAAGCAUUUGUGGAGCCUGGCAGAUUCAGCUGACUGCUGCAUAUUAGUAUCUGUACAACCUCAAACUUUAAGUCAAAGUCCACUGCUCUGACUUAUUAGUUUUGAAAACAACUCCACGAAUAAUUGGUGUAACAGAAAAAAACAUACAAAGCAAGUAUGCCAUUGUUUCGACUAUCCAGAAUAGCACAAAUUUUGAAAUCUGUAAAUGUCUAAAAGAAAAACAGUAAGCCAAAGCACUGGACAUUGACUUAAAAGUUCAGUGUAGAGGUUGCAUAGUUGAAAUAAUGAUCUUUCAGAAGAUGUUUAUUAAUAUUUAACUUUCCAAAAGUUUUAGGCGAGUGUUGCAGGGGAGGUGAUUUUCAAUGAGAAUUAAAGAAAUACUUGUAAUCCAAGGUAUUUUUGUUGACAAUACUAAUGCCCUCAGUAUAACAUGUGCACCUUUGGCAAGGCUACUAGUUAGUUGAUUUGGAACUUUCAGAUUUUUGCAAUGGCAUAAUGCUUCUCUUGAAAAUAUUGAAUUAUUUUGCAUUGAUUACGAAAGUAGUUUGUAUCGGGAAAUCAGGUUAUUUCUCUUCUUGUUGAAAGACCUCCUGUCUGUAGACAUGCAUGUUGUUUGCAAUGCAGUGUUGAAUCUAAAGGGCCCACAAUGUUUGCAUGACUGAUCAUAAGACAGGCAGCAAGGCAAAGCUGCACUGCCUCUAGAGUCCCUUAUCUCUGUUCCUUCCCUCCCAAUCAUCUGGAUGCGCUGAGUCAUGGUGUGGUUCCUGCUUCAAGUGUAACCUGGUGAACAUUUCAUGCCGGCUCCCAGGGCAGAAACAACCUCCAAAAUAUCACACAAUGGGACAGGUAGCUUACUAGUUACUCAACAAUCCAGGCAAGUUUGAUUGGACAAAAUAGAUGACAGGCUACCUUAUGGCCAAGUCUACAUUUAUUUAUGACUACUUGCUAAUGUUAAGUGGAUUGGAAGGGUUGCAAGAAAUCCUUCAGUCCAAAUAAGUGUCACCGUUUCAUUUGGAACACUGUACCCACGUGAGUAUGCAGGUACUGUUUCUGACAUUUGCAACAAAAUGUAUCAUUAGGGAGCUGGCAUUUCUGUUUUGACGCCCUCUUUUUAUUGUGCGAGUGGAUUAUUGGCAUGCAUUAACUCACUUCAUUACUUCAUUGCAACAUUCUUUUAGAUAUCUCUGACAUCAAAUUCGUCAUCAACUUUGACUUCCCAAGCUGCUCUGAAGAUUAUGUGCAUCGUAUCGGUCGAACAGCGCGUUCAGAUCGUACUGGGACAUCAUACACAUUUUUCACCACUGGAAAUGCCAAGCAGGCAAAGGAUUUGAUUUCUAUAUUGAAAGAAGCCAACCAGCAUGUCAACCCCAAGCUCAUGCAAUUGGCAGAACAAGCAAAGGGAAUGUUUGGCAGAAGUAAGUGUAACCAUACCUCACUCUGCCUGUAAUAUUGGAUUAACGCCAUGAAAACACUUAAAAGAUUCUUCAGGACUACAACAGGGUUUAGAGAAGUUCUUGUUCAGGGUUCCUUAAAACAGAACAUGAUAUUGUAAAUUUAUUAUACAUGUAGCAAGUAACCAAAGAUUUGCACAUCUUGCUUUGAAAAAAAUGUCAGUGGUUCUGUACUUUCAGACUUGCCGAGAUAAACAGCAACCUUUUCACAUUUCUAUUCAAGUAUAUUUAACAAUUAUUCCUCGAGCCCGAAUGGGCUAUUGAAAAUGUCAACUAGUUGUUCUGUAAAAAAAAAAAAAUAGCUUCUAGACUUUAAUCCUUUUUUUUUGCCCCCAAAAGCCCGCGCUUUUUGAGAUAAACAUAUAACCUUUUCACCAAUUCUUGAUUCCACUAGUUGGAUUUUACUAAAAUACCAUACUCCUCCUUCAGGAAUAAUACUAAAUAAACAUGUAAAAGGGCCAUUUUCUUGACAAUGCAAGUUGACUAAUUUCAAUUUGUCAAUCUCACAGAGAUUUACCAAACCAUAGCCCUGAUUUGCACAUGAAAACAGCAAUCUGAAGGAUUCUGGUAGUUGUGGUCAAAAUUUAUGGUGUCAUCAUACAAAAUUCCUAUUGCAGAAUGAAAGUAAUAUUAAUUUUCAUUUCAGAUCGUAGCCGUUACCGUGACAAAAAUGCCCAGCAAAGCACUGGUGGUUCUUUUAACAGAAACAGCUAUGGAGAUGCACGUGGUGAUUCCAGAAGUGGAGGUGGUAACCGCUCUGGUGGAUUCUCCGGUGGUGGUCGGGGACACUCUGGGAGAGGGGGUCACUCCAACAGGAGUGCAGAUUCACGUGGUGACAAAGGAGGCUAUGGGGGAAGGCAUCAGCCACAACAGAAUGGCUCAUGGAGCCACAUGGGUGGACAGCAGAACAGUAUGAUGGGAGGAGGAUACAAUAGUUACGGCAGUACUUAUUCACAGCAUCCACCACCCCCACCCCCUCCAGGGCCCCCACCCUCACAGCCAAGUGCACCUCAACCGUUAAUGCAGCAUGGCCAACAGCCACAGUACACCCAACAAGCCAGUGUAUACCAGCAGACGGCCUACCAACCCUACCAGCCACAGGCUACCAAUGCUGUCCAAGGCCAAAUACAACAGGCUGCUGCAUGGGCCUACCCUCAACAGACCUAAGCAUUCAACGCUUAAUAACUGACUGUUAUUAAUACAAACUUUUUUCAAUAUUUUGUAUAUUUAUUAGAAUGAUCACUGUACCAGAGGUGAAGAUGUGAUGACAUUAAGUCAUUUUAGAAGCAAGCAGUGUUACAGCCAAGUUUUUAUUUCUUGUGAAAAUUAAAUGUGCACUCAUUGUGCUUGAUCUAAGAGUUUUGCUUGCCCAGAGGCUCAUUGGCAUUACAGAAAACUAGGGCUUUUUGGCAUUUGAUUUUAAAUUUUAAUUAAGUUUCUCUUGAUGUUUUUCUUUUUGGAGUAGACAAUCAUGAUCUGUUUUUAGAAGUAAUGUAACUUCAGCAAGCAAUGUCUCUUCAGAGACUUUGGAAAUGGGACAUGUCAUGAAUUAAAUUUAGUUCACUGAGUAAUUAUUUUGUCGUUGUUUUG